AUGAAAGUCAGGAAUAUUGAGAUGCUCUUUACAUGGCUCUGGGGCUGGAAUGGUGAUGGGAAUGGCAACUGGCCACAUAAAUACUGGAAGUCAAAGCAGUACCAGGUCCUCUUUCACCAGUCUUUUAAUGUUAUUGUCAGUGUGUAUGGGACUCAGCAGGCCUUCUCCAGUAAUCUUGAUGCCUGGCUUGCCAUUGAACAGGGUCAAUAUCCUGUUCCUGCAGCAAUGUCUUCCAACCCAGAAGUCUUUUUGCUGGCUGCUGGUGUGUGUUCCAGUGAGCUGAGCUGCCAUCUUCAGAAUACUGUGGCUGAACAUCAUGUUCUAUGCUCAUUCAUACAGAAAGAGGGUGAAUCUGCAAGCCAGCUGCAUACCAACUGCAAGUGGCUUACAUUCCAGCUUGUGUUGCACAUCCAGGCUCUUGUUGAGGCAGAGAGGCAGCAGGUCCAGAGCAUGAAUCUUUCAAGAGUAACUCAAUCUUGA